AGAAUUUCCAACAUUUGAUAACAAUAAAUAUCAAGAUUCUCUUAAAACAAUUUAUAAUAUUUCCGAGAAACUGCUUGCUGAACAAAAAAAUAGUCCUGUUCGAGAAACAGAUUUAUUGCCAUUAUUGACAAAAGCAAAUGAUAACUUACCCAUUGACAAACAAUUAACUCACAAUGAAUUAGUUAAUCACCUUCACAAAGAAAUACUUGAUAUAUUUCCUGAUUGUGAUUAUCAUCCAGCUUUUGAUCAAAUUGAACACUUGAAAUGUUUAGAAUGUGUCUUUAAAAAAGUUCUAAGAAUCAUACUGCCUG